AUUUAUGUACAGGAUGUCUUCUCAUUCGAGAUACCAGAAGUUUUUUGCUGACUACUUCAAAGAUAGCUGGCAGAACUUUGAAGGCUUUGAAGAAUACUUUACUAACGUAAUAUGCAACCUUACCUCUGAUAAAUUCAGCCGAGAAAAGGAGAAAUGGGAGGAUGAAGAAAGGAGACUGCUUACAGAGCAGAAAAACUUAGCGUUCAAACACUACCAAUCCUUCGUGUCAACAGCAGAGUGUAGCAGUGAUAUCAGGCAGUCGUUUGACGGGCUGGAGGUAAACUUGGACAGUGUCAUUGAAACUGUUCCCGAGCUACAGGAUACGUUGUACAAGUGCAGUAAACUGGCGGUGGAAACUAAUAAAAUGAGAAAAGAAGCAAAUAUCAGCAUCUCGAAACACCCCCAACUACUUGAGAUACUGGAACUACCUCAGCUUAUAGACACCAGCAUUAGAAACAGUUACUUUGAGGAGGGGUUGGAACUGCAUAGUUUCGUUAACAACUUAGCCGUUAAAUACAAUGACAUUCCUAUCAUUCAGAUGAUCAAAGAAGAUAGUGACGCGUGUAUAAAGCACAUGGAAGACAUCUUGAUAAAACAGCUACAAGGACAGAUAACAUUAGCUCAGUGUCUGAAGAGUGUCGGAUUGUUGAGGAGAAUUGGAACUUAUACUGACACUCAGCUUAAGGUGAAAUUUCUGCAAGUACGUUCAGAGUGGUUUCGAGGGAUUAUUGAUAACUUAAAUAAAGGAGAAAUUCAGUAUUACAUGUGUAAGAUGAUAGACAGCUACAGAGUCAACUUAUUCGACAUUAUAACUCAGUACAGAUCAGUCUUCAUUGAGGAUAAAGCUACAAGUUUAAUUUUCAACUCUUGGCUUCAUAAACAGGUUGAAUAUUUCCUGGGAAUUCUGAACGAAAAUCUACCACGCUGUAACGGUGCCAUACUGGAUUCAACUCUAGCGCAAGCUAUGUACUUUGGCAUGUCACUCGGAAGAGUAGGAACAGAUUUCCGAGGAGCCCUGGUCCCGAUAUUCCAACAGAGAAUACUAGAGUUGUGUUUGAAGACUAUUCAGAAAGCAACUGAUAGGUUUAAGAGAAAAUGCGAGACUUUGCUUGAUGUGGCUUACCACGGGGAACCAACACUAGUGAAUCUGACUCCUCUGGCUGUGUACACCAACUCAAUUGCCAGCAUGUUUAACGAAUUGAGACACUGUGCCCCUGUCUCUAUCUGCCUCACCGUUGUGCAGACGCUGCAGACCUCACUGCAAACUGUCAUCGACUUGACUGUCGGGAUCUUCAAGUCAAAACCAAAGAUAGCUGAGAGGUUCAGUACGAUCAUAGUUCUGGAAAUGUUACCGAUGAUCGAUUCUUAUUUGAAGUCUGUGUUCAAGACACUACCUGAAUUGUACAAACAUCGAUCCUUUUCUGGAAAAACGUAUAUGGACAAGAAUCUUCUCUCCUUGGACCUAGUCGCUCUGCAGGACCAACUCCUUCCUUUUCUCUCGUCAGCAACUAAGAUCCUACUGGCUGACAAACCUUUCUCUGUCGAGAACGGAACGAGCGAGGAAACUGCUGAUACUGAAGAUAACGCUGAGAUUGAAAACGAAACAGAAAGUGGAAUUCUUGGCGAAGAAAGUGACGAUAAACUUCCUGAUGAUGAAAUCGAAUUUCCUGUUUCUAACGAUGAAAAUAAAAAUGUAAUUGAAGUUGCUGGUAAUGAAAGCGAAAGAGGGGUUCCUGAUGAUGAAGGUGAUAAUAUAAUUUCUGAUGUUGACAACGAAAAUAGAAAUACUGUUCCUGAUAACGAAAUGACAGUUUCAGAUAUUGAAAGUGAAAGAAGAGUCCCUGAAAAUGAGACUGUUCGUGAUGUUGCUAGUAAUGAAAGCGAAAGAGGAGUUCCUGAUGAUGAAGGUGAUAAUAUAAUUUCUGAUAUUGUCAAUGAAAAUGAAAUUAUUGUUUCUGAUAAUGAGAGAGAAAUGACAAUUUCUGACAUUGAAGGUCAGGGUAGAGUUCCUAACUCUGACAGUGGAACUAUUGGUGGUGAAUCAGAAGACCAGGUUGUAGUUCCUGAUGAAGGAGUAGAAAAUGAGCUGGAAUCAAAAACAGAGACAGAAAAUAUGGAUCAUAAUAAUGAGACAGACUUAUUAGAAAGCGAGAGUAGAGGUGAUGCUCAAACAGAUGCUGUAGAGACGACUGAUGUUCACGAAAGCUCAAAAGUUGAAAUAGCGAGUGUUAUUCCAGAUUUACCUCUCGAAACAAUCAACAACGAGCUAGAAACAUCAGAUAAUGUUCACUCUGUUGAAUUACAUAGCGAAAAUCUUGAAAAUGAUAACACAACGUUUAACGCUAAUGACAGAAGUGAAGUGUCUGAAAAUAGGACAGCGGAGUGUAUCGAGAAUGUUGGGGAUACCAUAUCAGUUGAAGAUGAAGUCGUGAUGAGUUCUGAUUUAGUUAGUUCUGGGGAUGUUCGAAACAUCGGUCUAGGGGAGUAAUGAAUUUUGUGAAUGCACAAAAUGUAUUUUUUGCUUUUGUUUAAGAAUAAAGAAUUUAGGUUUAAUUUUGAUUUUUGUUCUGACUUUAGUAAUAUUCCUUUUCAAGGCUUAGGAAUUAUAUUAUGUCAUGGUUUUGACUAUGGGCGGAUGAGUUAACACAGUUUGUCAAGCAAAUUUUAUCCACAUCCGUAAGCCGAUAUUUUAAAGGAUAUUACGACAUGUCAAAUCAGGUGUUUCGCAUUUUGUUCAUGUUGGAAAUCUUUGAGUGUUUUGGUACUUCUUUUUGAGGGAAAGCUAAACAUAUUUUACCGUACUAUUGUCUUUAGUUUAUUUGACUUCGACUUAGAACCUAAUUUUCUUGCUCUUAAUUGAACAAUUGAUUUAUGAAUGUAUCAUUAUGAUCUCGAACUAAACCUGAUCAUGGCAGUAUAUGAGCUUAGUACAAAAUGAUGCCUUGUACAUUCAUUCCAGUGCUCUUACCCCUAGCUAC